GUGGUGAUGAUGAUGAUGAUGCUGCUGCUGGCGUGCAGGAGAGGACCAAUGACAGCGCAGGAUGCUGAGGGAGGCUGCUCGGCUGAAUGGAUGCCGUCUGUGUAGCAGCUCGGGAGAAGAAUUAACAUCGAUGGAGGUCUCUCCCAGUCAUUCCCGGCGGCUUUGAGGCGCUCCAGCUCCCGCGGCAGCAAAUCAAAGCCACCCAUGCGCGGCUCAGCCAGCCUGUGCAGUAUCGUUGCAGCGUGCCCCCGUUAAGGACCCCUCUGGUGGCCGCGCGGCCGACUCACGGGACAUGUACGGCAGUGCCAGAGCUGUUGGUCACUUAGAGAGCAGCCCCGCACGCUCCCCGCGCCUGCCUCGGUCCCCCAGACUGGGCCAUCGGAGGGCCAACAGCGGGGGCGGGGGCGGCGCGGGGGGCAAGACGCUCUCCAUGGAGAACAUCCAGUCUCUCAACGCUGCUUACGCCACUUCGGGGCCCAUGUACCUGAGCGACCACGAGGGAGUGGGCUCCACGGCCACCUACCCCAAAGGCACCACCACUCUGGGUCGGGCCACCAGCCGGGCCAUGUACGGGGGCCGCGUCACAGCCAUGGGUAGCAGUCCCAACAUCGCUUCGGUGGGGCUGCACCAUGCUGACCUUCUGUCGUACGGUGACCUGGGCUCCAUCUCCAUGCUGCACGCCCACCACCACCAGGGGGUGCCGUCCGCCCUGCUGAGGCAGGCGGUGCGGAGCAGUGGCGGGGAACUGCUGGAGAUGCAGGCCCAGCUCAGGGAGAUGCAGAGGGAGAACGAGAUGCUGCGCAGGGAGCUGGACCUGAAGGACAGUAAGCUGGGCUCCUCCACCAACAGCAUCAAGAGCUUCUGGAGCCCCGAGCUCAAGAAGGAGCGCAUCAUGAGGAAGGAGGAGGCGGCGCGCACGUCCAUCCUGAAAGAGCAGAUGAGGGUCACCCAUGAGGAGAACCAGCUGCUGGAUGCCAGGAGAACAAAGCAUCUCCAGAUGACCAUCCAGGCUCUGCAGGACGAGCUGCGCACGCAACGGGACCUCAACCACCUGCUGCAGCAGGAGAGCGGCAACCGCUCAGGUGCCGAGCACUUCACCACCAUCGAGCUCACCGAGGAGAACUUCCGUCGGCUGCAGGCCGAGCACGACAGGCAGGCAAAGGAGCUCUUCCUGUUGAGGAAAACCCUGGAGGAGAUGGAGCUGAGGAUCGAGACCCAGAAGCAGACAUUGGGGGCCAGGGACGAGUCCAUUAAGAAGUUGCUCGAGAUGCUGCAGAGCAAAGGGCUGCCGUCGGGGCCCGGCAGGGUGUCUGAGGAGGAGGAGCAGGAGAGGAACAGGCGAAUCGCUGAAGCUGAGGCCCAGCUCGGACACUUGGAGGUCAUUCUAGACCAAAAGGAGAAAGAAAACAUUCAUCUACGAGAGGAGCUGCACAGAAGAAAUCAGCUGCAUCAAGAUCCAAGCAAAACCAAGGCCCUGCAAACCAUCAUAGAGAUGAAAGACACCAAAAUCGCCUCGCUGGAGCGCAACAUUCGAGACCUGGAGGAUGAGAUCCAAAUGUUGAAAGCAAACGGCUUGCUGAACACGGAGGACCGCGAGGAGGAGAUCAAGCAAAUGGAGGUCUACAAGAACCACUCCAAGUUUAUGAAGACCAAGAUUGACCAGCUCAAGCAGGAGUUGUCCAAGAAGGAGUCAGAGUUGCUGGCUCUGCAGACAAAACUCGAGACCCUCAACAACCAGAACUCGGACUGCAAACAGCACAUCGAGGUGCUGAAAGAGUCUCUCACUGCCAAAGAGCAACGGGCAGCCAUCCUGCAAACAGAGGUGGAUGCGCUCCGUCUGCGUCUGGAGGAGAAAGAGUCCUUCCUCAACAAGAAAACCAAACAGCUGCAGGACCUGACGGAAGAGAAAGGCACUCUCGCUGGGGAAAUCAGGGACAUGAAGGACAUGCUAGAGGUCAAAGAAAGGAAAAUCAAUGUCCUGCAGAAGAAGAUCGAGAACCUGCAGGAGCAACUGAGGGACAAAGACAAGCAGCUCAGCAACCUGAAGGACCGCGUCAAGUCUCUGCAGACCGACUCCACCAACACCGACACUGCCCUGGCCACCCUGGAGGAGGCGCUGUCAGAGAAGGAGAGAAUCAUCGAACGUCUGAAGGACCAAAGGGAGAGGGAAGACAGAGAACGUUUGGAGGAAGUGGACGCCUACAAGAAGGAGAACAAGGACCUCAAGGAGAAAGUCAACAACCUGCAGAUAGAAUUAACAGACAAAGAGUCCAGCCUCAUCGAUCUCAAGGAGCACGCGUCGUCUUUGGCGUCUUCUGGCCUUAAAAAAGACUCAAAGCUCAAGUCACUGGAGAUCGCAAUUGAGCAGAAAAAAGAGGAGUGCAGUAAGUUGGAGACGCAGUUGCAGAAGAAGGCCCACGAGGUGGAGCAUCAGUCGGGCCCCAGAGGGAACCCGGAGUACGUGGACCGAGUGAAGCUGCUGGAGAAGGAGGUGAACUACUACAAGGACGAGGCCAGCAAGGCUCAGGCGGAGGUGGAGAGGCUCCUGGACAUCCUGCGGGAGGUGGAGACCGAGAAGAACGACAAAGACAAGAAGAUUGCGGAGUUGGAGAGCCCCCCUCCUCACUCUGCCCCUCGCCCCACCCCUCGUCUUGGUGGCAGAGCCCCCCCUGACCCUCUCCCCUCUGUGUCUGCCGCCCCCCAGCAGAUAGGGGGAAUGGUGUGGGACUUCCUGGGAAAGCAAGGAGGCAAAGAGCAGCCCAAGAAGGGCUCCAGCAUCAAACUAGGAUCCCAAGUGGACAAGAAAGGCUUGGGACAGGAUGGUCGGAAGGACGGCUCCUUGGAGGGCGGCCACCACUCCAAGCUGGAGGAGCUGAUGAACACCCUGGAGAGAACGAGGCAGGAACUGGAUUCCACCAAGCAGCGUCUGUCGUCCACGCAGCAGUCUCUGCAGGAGCGGGACAGUCACCUCACCAACAUGAGGCAGGAGCGCAGGAAACAGCUGGAGGAGAUUCUGGAGAUGAAGCAACAAGCUCUGCUGGCAGCCAUUAGUGAGAAAGACGCUAACAUUGCACUGCUGGAACUGUCUGCCUCCAACAAAAAGAAGACCCAAGAAGAGGUGAUGGCCCUCAAGAGGGAACGAGACAAACUGAUGCACCAACUGAAACAGCACACUCAAAGCAGAAUGAAGCUGAUAGCUGAUAACUAUGAAGAUGAACAAUACCAUCCACACGCUCCACACCACGCCCAGCCCCAGGCCCCUCACCCCCAGCCACAGCCUCAGAGCCAGUACCCCCACCCGGCCCACGCCCAGCAGGUCCCCUACGCUCACGCCCCUCACAUGCAGCACCCGCAGCACCCGCAGCACCCGCAGGCCGCCCCUCAGCACCCCCACCCUCAGCAACCGCAACUUCCGUACCCUCACAGUCAACAUCCGCAGCACCCUCAACCGCCUCCCCAGCACCCGCAGCAUCAACAGCAUCCGCGCCCCCCGCAGCCUCAGCAUCCGCACCAACAGCACCUCCAGCACCCGCCGCCGCAGCAGCACCCUCACGGGCAUCCCCCGCUUCAGCACCCGCAUCCCCAGCACCCACAUGGUCCUCCCCAACAGGGGCCCCACCCUCAACACCCGCAUCCUCAGCACCCUCAGCACCCCCAACAUCCUCAGCACCCGCAGGGCCCCCACCAUGGCCAGCAUCCACGCCACCCGUCGCCCCAUCAUCGUGGAGGGCCGGGCCGAGGACCCCCGCACGCUGGUCACCGCCCUUCCCCGGACCAGGAUGACGAGGAAGGCAUCUGGGCAUAAAGGUUACUAUGACAACCAAAGUUCCAGCAUUGUUGGGAGGGGUGACCUUGGAGCAGAAGAAAGACAGGAUUGGAGGACAUGGACCAAGACUUCUUCUCAAGUGUUUCCUCCUCAAAGGGCACCUCGCCUGCCGCCCGCUGAGACGAUCACAUGACCGUCACCCACCUCUUCCCCGCUGGGGUGGAUGCUUCAAGGUCACGUUCUCCUCGCGUUCAGCUUUCCUCCUGUGGCCACCUCCACCGUGUCUUGAUCUUCACUGCCCUGCUGACAUCUGGCCCUUCUUCCUGAGAAGAUCUCACACACACACAUAGGCCUCUUUCUUACCUUUUUACUGGUGCCACCUUCUUGGACACAUGACUCAGCUUCUUCUCGCCUCAUGUCAACCAGACGUAGUAAAAGCAAUCUAUGCAGACGUGCGUGUGGCAUGAAUCCAUUGGUUAGCGACCAAUCAGAGCGGCUGAGGAACGUACCAAUCAGAGACUAUGCACCUCCUCUUCUUCUUUUGUUUUUUUUUUUUUUUUUGAAGCCACUGUGCUCCUGCUGGUGCUCCAUCUCUUCAGUGGUUUCAGCGUGCGGCGGGGCUACGGAAACACCUGUUUGUACAUACAAAGCCACAAGGGGGCGCUUGGGGAACACUUCCAACCUGGGGGAAAGGGAGGCGACGUUCACUACAUCUUUCCACCAGUAGAUGGCGCCACCUACCCGAACUUUCUAGUAGUGACCCUCCCUUUAUUCCUCCAGACAGAAAAAAAACAAACAAACGUGGACAUUUCUAUGAUAGAUAUAUUAUAGAUAGAGAGAGAAAUCUAUGGUGUGUAUUUAUGUGAUAAGAUUUCAAACUUGAUGAGAUCAAAUGUGGUUAUUUUGUCCUUUAUGCUUAUUUUUUAGAAGUGGCUAGAGGGCAGUUUAUAACAUUCAGAAAAAAAACAAACAAGAGUUUAACUUUAUCCCGAGGCUGCGUUCACGCUCUUUGGUUGGCGUCAAAGGGCCGAUGUAAAAAAUGGUGCAAAAUUAUGAAAAUAUUGCUUAUUUUAUGACAAUAAAAAUAUAGACUACAGAUAAAAUUGUUUUACAAAAAUAACAAGAUGAAAUCCUGUAAAAACGUUAUCAACUAUUACAAGACACAAAUCAGCUGACCGCUACACGACUCCAUCUACGUUCCUACCUAUGCUCAUGAGCUCCAUGAGCCAAAGAGCAAGAUGGCGGCUACGAGCGGCCGUAGGCUGGCUGGGCUCUCCCUUAAAGAUGAGGUGAGAAGCACCAUCAUCCGGGAGAAACUCCUACGCACCAACAGGAACCAGAUAAGGGGGCUUGAGCAUCUGGUCAAGACACGUCCGACCACAAAGACGCGGGACUGCUACCCCAAUCAACACCGUGGCUAAGUGGAAGAAGAUGGAUGAAAUGUUUUGUUCUGGACCAAAGUACUCAACCACCAGUGUGAACGCAGCCUUGAAUGGAGAAUGUGGGAAGGUUUAGGAAUGAUGUUCAGGUCUACCUGUAAGAGGGUGGGGUGGGGGUGGGGGUCUGUCCCACACCAGGAAAACCUCUGGGACCAUGACACAUGGUGGUAGCAGGGGUGUCCAAAGUGCACGUUGUAAAAAUACAGUGAAGAAGAACACAGUGUACAUCUUGGUGCUGUAUAUACAGUAUACACUAUUUGUAUAACCCACUACUCCAGUAAAUACUUCCUGGGAUGGAUGGAUGGGUGGAUGAUUGAUGGAUGGGUGGAUGAUUGAUGGAUGGGUGGAUGAUUGAUGGAUGGGUGGACGAUUGAUGGAUGGGUGGAUGCAUGGGUGGAUGAUUGAUGGAUGGGUGGGUGCAUGGGUGGCUGAUGGCUGGAUGGAUGGGUGGAUGAUUGAUGGAUGGAUGGGUGUAUAGAUGGAUUUAUGGAUGAUGGAUGGGUGGACGAUGGGUGGAUGGAUGAUGGAUUGGGUGGAUGAUGGAUGGAUGGGUGGAUGAUUGAUGGAUGGAUGGGUGUAUAGAUGGAUGUAUGGAUGAUGGAUGGGUGGACGAUGGGUGGAUGGAUGAUGGAUGGAUGGGUGGAUGAUUGAUGGAUGGAUGGGUGUAUAGAUGGAUAUAUGGAUGAUGGAUGGGUGGACGAUGGGUGGAUGGAUGAUGGAUUGGGUGGAUGAUGGAUUGGGUGGAUGAUGGAUUGGGUGGAUGAUGGAUGGAUGGGUGGAUGAUUGGUGGAUGCAUGGGUGGAUGAUUGAUGGAUGGGUGGAUGCAUGGGUGGCUGAUGGAUGGAUGGAUGGAUGGAUGGGUGGUUGGGUGGAUGGACGGAUGCAUGGUUGGAUGAUUGAUGGAUGGACGAUGGGUGGAUGGAUGGGUGGAUGGGUGGAUGAUAGAUGGAUGGCUGGAGGAAAGGAUGGAUGGGUGGGUGGAUGAUGAAUGGGUGGACGAUGGGUGGAUGGAUGGGUGGAUGAUAGAUGGAUGGCUGGAGGAAAGGAUGGAUGGGUGGAUGCAUGGAUGGAUGGGUAGAUGCAUGGGUGGAUGUAUGGAUGGGUGGUUUGGUAGAUGGAUGGAUGCAUGUUUGGAUGAUUGAUGGAUGGCUGGAUGAAUGGAUGGGUGUAUGGAUGAUGGAUGGGUGGACGAUGGGUGGAUGGAUGUAUAGAUGUUGGAUGGGUGGAUGAUGGAUGGAUGGAUGGAUGUCCAGAAGCCCAUCAUGUCAGUUGAUGACGUAGUAACAUGUUAUGUUUUGUCUAAGCAAGCAGGCCAUGCAGUAUGUACUGUAUGUGUACUGUAUGUGUACCGUAUAUGUACUAUAUAUGUACUGUAUAUGCGUUGCCUCCAUGACUCCAUUAUUUGACAACACUAUCAGUAGAAUACUCCAUGUGUACUUCGGACCCCCCUGAACAGCACAUGUGUCCCCAGAAAGAAAGACGUGGCUGAGAUGAGCGUGUGUGAGCAUAUUAUUGAUUGAUGGCUUCUAUUGUGCGUGUAUCUAUUGUGGUGUUGUUGUGUGCUAAAAAAAGAUGAGCUAGACUGAAUGAGACUGUUAGCUGUUGUACUGUAAACAUGCAGUAGACUGUACAUAGUUCAUGUAUCUUCCCCAUCUCCCAUCCGUGACCAACAAGCUCCUGUCCUGAUGGUCUUUACGACUCCACGAUCUUCUCUCUUUCUCUCUCUCUCUCACCCCAAGUAAGGUGUUUGAACCCUCCCUCCUUUUUCAGGUCCUUAUCUGAUCAAUACUUGAAGUAGGGGCUUCUCCUACCAGGGAAUAUCACUAUGUCCUUUUCAUUCGUGCUGAUGAUGUGCCAACAGGACAGGGUGGAAGGAAGCAAGGAAGUAAGGAAGGAAGGAAGAACAUGCAUUCAACAAAUCACUGUGAGCCGUGCCACUAACUCCACUUUCCUUUUUUAUACGUUCAUUUUUUUAUAUUCACUUAGCUUUAUUUUUGUUAAGGCAGAUGUGUCUUUGUAUACAUCACCGCUAUGUCCCCAUACGUCGCCGCUAUGUCACCAGUAUGUGGCCAGCAUGUCACCAGUAUGAGACCAGUAUGUGGCCAGUAUGUGGCCAGCAUGUAUGUGACCAGUAAAGCCACCAUUAAUGUCCAGCAUGCUGAAUGAUCAUUUCCCAUCCGGAGCGAACAUGCCCCCCCCCAGUUCAGCAUGUUGACUGGGCUUACUGGUCUAAGUGUGUGUGUGUGUGUGUGUGUUGUAAUGCAUAAAAGGAGGAAGGAGUAUACAAGAAGAGCGUGUGACGAGGGGGUCGGGAUUGGGGGGGUGGGGUGUAUUUAUGACAGUAGCAUGGAUACUCUGUGAUGUUUCCUGUUGUGGUUUUUUUUUUUUUUUUUUCAAGAAAAAAGCAAGCUAGGAGGCUGUCCUCUGUGACCCUGUUUGCUAUCGUAUGUGAUGUAAUGUUAUGAAUAUGAAUAUGAAUAUCAGUGUUGGCCAGCUUGUUUAUAUCCAUCACAAUAAAAGUGACUUUCUGUCUGUUUCAUUUUAUCAUCUCCUUUUCUAUUUAAUUCUCUUUGUAUUUCAUAGUGUUUUUCUAUUAAUUAGGACAAUGUACAAUGAAGAACCCCCCCUUACGUUUUUUGUCAAAAAAU